AAGGUUACAAAGGUUUCACAAGCGACCACGGGAUUAUUUCCGAGUCAUUCUAAUGUUGUCUACAAAUGUAUGUUCGUUAGAGUAAUAAGAUUUCGAUUUGAUGCUGCAUUGACUUAAUGGUGGACCAUGGAUACAAUUUGGUAGACAAAUAAAUUCUCCAACUCUAAUCAGCGAAAGAAAGAGCGAACCAUUUAUUUGCUCAUCAGUCCAUGCUUCUUCAUACCUUAUGACUUAUAAUUAACCGUUUUGUCUCCUAAAAUGUCCGAUUACUACAAUGAAGAUGGGAAACCCAGGUUAUCAUUUUACGAUCGGGGUCCUGGUCCUGCCGGCUACUCGUUGCCGCCCUUAAUUGGGAGGAAAACCCAUUCUCUAACCCACCGAAUCAACCCCGAAUAUUCCAUGGGACUCAAGCUUGGAUCCUCCUUUAUUAAGAAUUCCAUAGGACCCGGUCCGGCCGAGUAUGGUAUUGAAAAGGGGGUCAAAUCCAACGGGAAAUUUCUCGGAUAUGAGUACACGAUGCGAAUCAAGUUUCCCCUCAUUGACAAGAAACGCGUCCCUGCGCCCAACACCUAUGACGUCCCGCCUCCGGAAAGAGUUAAGCCGAAGGCACCCGCUUUCCCAUUCGGUUCCAGAACUCCGAUUUACAACAAAAAGGUGGCCCCCGGACCAAACACCUACCUUCUGCCCAGAGCCAUCGGCCCCAAAAUUCCCGAUAAGCUGGCAGCUGCAGAGUGCACACUCAAGGGGGACAGGAAAUCUAAACUUCCAGCCGUUUCUCCAGGACCAAUUUAUGACGUGGGAAAGCCAGAGUUGGUCAAGCCUAGAGCGGCCGCUUUCACCCUUCGGAUAAAGCAUAAAGAUUUUACCGGAGCAAAAUAUCCUGCGGGGCCGGCCUCAUACGAGAGAAAUCUGCCAAAGUGCCCCUGCAAAGUCCCACUGGGUUGGCACAUGGGGAUCAGAUAUCCCGAAUUCACUGGGGUGUUCAGGACCCAAUGUGAUAAAUGCAGAUUCGACGCUUAAUCGGCCAAAAUCAGUGAUUUUUUAAGAAUGAAAUUCUUUGUAAUCUGUGACGGAAGACAUGUGUUCUAAAUAUUGUUUCAUUUCCCAACUGGGAAGUAGAAAACAAGAUAUCAUUCAAAUGAGGACUUCUACAUAAAUAUAUGUACAUAUUAUACUACACUACUUAUCAGUAUUAUGAAUGACUUCACUUUGUAAGGACAAU